UGACAGGAGGCGGAGUAGAGAAGGAUAGAGUAGAAUAGUAAAGGUUAAUUGAGCAGGUGCAUAGGUGAGCAGGUGAGGAACUCGAGAAGGAGGCGGCCGGCUGCAGGAACAUAUGAUCCGCAGAAAGGUUGGAAACUGAAGCAUCCACCCGGCGUAUAUAACAGUGAGCCAGCUGUCUGAGCGCACCACAAAGCCUUAACCAGUGCUGCUGCUUUGGACCUGGACACAGAGGACACCGAGACAACAGCGGACCAACAUGUCGCUCACCUCCAUCCUCUCAGCUGAGGCCAUUGAAAAUGCUGUCAAGGACUGUCAAGCUCCAGACUCGUUCUCCUACAAAAAGUUCUUCCAACUUUGUGGGCUGUCCUCAAAGACACCCCAGGAAGUCAAAGAUGUUUUCCAGAUCCUGGAUGAGGACAACAGUGGCUUCAUCGAGGAGUCAGAACUCAAGUACUUCCUACAGAGGUUUGUCCCCGGGGCAAGGACCCUGACUGAAGCAGAAAUGAAGAGCUUCAUCUCAGCAGCUGAUGAUGACAGUGACGGCAGAAUUGGAGCAGACGAAUUCCAGACUAUGGUCCUGUCCUGAGUUUGAUUCACAGAAAGAGCUCAAGUCUGCAGAUCAACAGCCCCCACCUGACCUCUGGUGUCCUUCUGUUCUCAGUUAUUGAUUUUCUACUAAAAUCUACUGAAUAAUUUUGAAAUGACGUUUUGUCAAUUUACAAAGACAUAACUUUUAGUUUGUCUGUCCUCUGUGUUUGUCCAUGUUUUCUUUUCUGUGUAGAGCCCACCCCUGAAAAUCAACAAGAAGAACACAUGUGGAAACUAAGAUCACCUCUUAAAGAUGUUCUCUGUAUAAAAUAUAUGAGAUAGAUGAAAAAAAUGCUAUGAAAACUAUGUGUGGAUUGUACAGUAUGAUAAAGAUCAUCAAAAGAAUAAAUAAAAUGUCUGAAAGCAAACAA